AGGGUGUGUCCGCCUUGUGAGUGUGAGCUGGUCUCUGAGAGUCUAGGGCUUCAAUCUGGCGUUGUCUCAGGGGAUUUUGGGUCUGUGGAUGCCGCUCCUCCCCUCCUUGGUUCCGUCUCAUCGUCGCUCUCCUGGGUCCUGCUCAACACCUGCUCUUUGCUGCACGGCCCCACCAGUCUCCUAAGCAACUGAGCCUCAUAUCACCUUUUGUUUAUUCCACUAUAUAACCACCUCAUACUGGGAUGAAACGAACAAACUAAGUGAUUGCUUUUCGUCUGCACCCAGGCGGGAUUAGUCAGGUCUGUGCUGUUAAUACAUUAGUAAAUGUUUAACCGCUCUUUGGACGCCCCGAUUUGGCGUCACGCUGCUCUGUGACCAAAGUCUACAAGAAAAACACGACUGUUGCUGUGCUUCAGAGGUAUUUUUGGAUUUUUCCUCCGUGGACUUGAUUUGCUUCGGACUCAUUGACAUAAUCACCCAUUUUCUGUGGCUACCAUGACAACAGAGGCAAGUGCCGUAAGCGAGGCGGACACUGAAGGCAAGCAAAAGGCCAGUAGUGCUGAACCCGAACCUGAGAAUAAGCAGAGUCCAGAGGCAGCCACAUCUGAGCCAGAGGGCGAGCAGUCGGCUAAACAAACCCAGGUACAGGCUACCGAGCCUGGGCCUGCCAAUGUAACAUCUUCACCUGAAGAGGACCAGCUGAAACCUCGCACCAGAACCUCUGCUGGCAAAGGCCUGUCUCGACUCUUUUCCUCUUUUCUCAAACGUCGCUCCCAGUGUUCCGAAGGAGAGGACUUUGAGGCAGAGAAAGCAAGAGAGGAAAAGGAGGACGGAGAGGAAAAAUCUGACAACACAGAAGAGGAUAAAGAGGAAAAAGUGAAAACUGAAAAGGAGGCUCCCAUAGAGGAGGACAAAUUGGACAGAAAAGAGGUCAAAAAGAGCGAAGAGAAACCACAAAAGGUGGAAAAAAAGACAGAGCCAGAAAAACUGGAGAAGAAGGGCAGUAAGAAGAAAAAGAAAGAAGCUAAGAAGAAAACAGAAGAAAGGGAUGCAGAGAAGGUGAAAACCACAGAGGCUAAAACGGAAGAGGAGCAAGAGAAGAAAAAAGAAGACGAAGAAGCCAAAAAAACGCAGCAAAGGGAGGAAAAGGUAGAGAAGGCUCUAGAAAAAGAGGAACAAUUGGAGACAGAAGAAGAAAAUAAAGCUACUGAAGCAAAAGACACAAUUGGUACAGAGACUGACAAGGUGGAGAGUAAAGAGAACAAAGUUGAUAAAAAGGAAGCAAAGAAAAAAGAAAAAGAAGAAAGGGUGAAGAAAAAAGAAGAGGAAAAAGCUCAGAAAAAAGCAGAAGAAGAAGAAAGGGCAAAGAAGCGAGAGGAGGAGAAUAAGAAGAAAAGGGAAGAAGAAAAGGCAAAAGAGGCAGAAAAAGCAAAGAAGAAAGAGGAGGAGAAGGCAAAAAAGAAAGAGGAGGAGGAGAAAGCAAAAGAGGAGAAAUUGAAAAGGAAAGAGGAGGAUAAAUCCAAGGAAGCCAAGAAAAAAGAAGAGGAGAAAUUGAAGGAAGCCAAAAAGAAAGAGGAAGACAAAUUAAAGGAGGGCAAAAAGAAAGAGGAUAAAUUGAAGGACGCCAAAAAGAAAGAGGAGGAGAAACUAAACGAAACCAAAAGAAAGGAAGAGGAUGACCUAAAGGAGGUUAAAAAGAAAGAGGAGGAUACGGGGAAAGAGGACGACAAUAAGAAGGCAGAAGAUAAGCAAAAACGGGACGCAGACAAAGGAAAGAAAAAAGAGACAGGGAAAAAAGAAAAAAGGGAAGAGGUGAAAGUGUCAAGUGAAAAGAAAGUAAAAGCACCCAUUGCUGCCCCAGAACCAGAACUUAAAACUGAGCCAGAAACCGAGCAAGCCCCUGAUCAACAUUCACUCAGCAGCGCAGAGAUGCAGCCGGCUCCAGAGGAACAUAAGGAGGAAGCUGAAAUCAAAGAAGAGCCAGAAGACGUCAAAGAAGUGAAGGAAGAGGGUGCGGAAAAGAAAAAGGAAGAACCAGAAGAGCAAGUGAAAGAGGAAAAGGAAGAAGAGGAGCCUAAGGAGGAAACAAAAGAGCAGAAGCCUGCUACAGAAAAGAAGACUGAGAAGAAGGGUGAUGACGCCAAAGGCUCCAAACGACAGAAAACCAUUCGUUGCAAAGUCACCUUACUGGAUGAUACUUCGUUUGAGUGUGAGCUUGAUAAACACGCUAAAGGGCAGGAGCUCGUCACUAAAGUGUGCGACCACCUCAACCUGCUGGAGAAAGAUUACUUUGGCCUUGCUCACUGGGAAACGCCAGGCAACAAGACAUGGCUGGAACACGCCAAGGAGAUUCGCAAACAGGUGCCAGGUGCUAUCUACGAAUUUAUGUUCAACAUAAAGUUCUACCCUCCUGACCCAGCACAGCUCACCGAAGACCUCACCAGGUACUAUCUAUGUCUUCAGCUGAGGAAGGACAUCAUGAGUGGGGUUCUUCCCUGUUCCUUUGUCACCCUAUCCUUACUGGGCUCUUACACAGCACAGUCAGAGCUUGGGGAAUAUGACCCUGAGGUCCACGGAGCUGACUAUGUUAAAGAUCUAAGCCUUGCUCCUGGACAGAGCAAAGAGUUGGAGGACAAAGUGAUGGAGCUGCAUCGCACUUACAGGUCAAUGAGUCCAGCCCAAGCUGACCUGUUGUUUUUGGAAAAUGCCAAGAAGCUAGCUAUGUAUGGUGUGGACCUGCACCAAGCCAAGGAUCUUGAUGGUGUGGACAUUACGCUGGGGGUUUGCUCUAGUGGUCUGAUGGUUUACAAGGACAAGCUUAGAAUCAACCGUUUUCCUUGGCCAAAAGUUCUCAAAAUCUCUUACAAACGUAGCAGCUUCUUUAUCAAGAUCAGGCCAUCUGAGCAAGAGCAGUAUGAAAGCACAAUUGGCUUCAAACUGCCAAAUUACAAAGCCUCAAAGAAGUUGUGGAAGGUCUGUGUUGAACAUCACACCUUCUUUAGGGUUUCAACAAUAGAGGCUCCCUCAUCACGUCGCUUCCUUGUCCUGGGCUCCAAGUUCAGGUACAGCGGGCGCACUCAAGCCCAGACCCGGCAAGCCAGCUCUAUGAUUGACCGCCCUGCUCCUCGCUUCACACGUUCUGCAAGCAAACGCCUCUCCCGCAAUCUCGAUGGAGCUGGAGAUCAAACUCUCCAGACCCUGAUAGCAUCAACCAGGUCUAAGGUUGAUGACUGGUCGUUGAUAUUUAAUUCUGACAAUCCCCACCCUUUCCUAAAACUUCCAGCCACAGGUGAGCCUGAGCAAGCAUAUAUUCAGUCCUGGAACACUCAGAAAGGUGGUCUGGCAUGGUGGGAGCUUUCAACUGAUGCACAACUGAAGACUAGAAAGAAAGAUGAGUGGUCUGUCCUGCUGAAACGACAUCCUCCUUUUCCGUUUUCCCCGUCUGUUGAUUUUGUUAAACCAGUUAAGCCUAGCUUGGCAAAUGCCAGCACUAUUGACAGGUUAUUGCAACCAACACGGAAAAAGCACCAAGAUUGGUUCAGCUCUUUUGACCGAAUCCCCAGCCUGUCAUUUUAUGAGCAUGUUGAGAAACUUCAUCCCCACAUCCAGGUGAAGGAUGAACAGACUGAGAGUUUUACAGAACAAGAACUGACAGAUGAGGAGCUCAAAGAGAGGCUACAGUCGAUGGUGAUGAUGGUAGACAAACUAGAAGAGAUGGAAGAUUUGGAAAGGAGGCUGAGGAAAGUGAGGGACUUGGAAGAGAGGCUCCAGGAAGUAGAUGAAAUGGCAGAUAGGAUCCAGGAAGUCAUAGAAGAGGAAUUAGGAGAAGAUGAAGUUGCUAAGCUAAAAGAGGAAGAACUACAAAAAGAAAGUGAAACCAUAACUCGGACUGUGUUAAAAAAUUCUGUGAUGAUGGUAAGGAAAAGUAAAGAAGGAGAAGAGGUGGAUGAAUUAGAGGAGCAAAUAAAAGAGGUGUUUUUAAAAGGACUGUCACCUGAGGUAGAUGAGACAAGGAUUGAGAGUAAAAACAAGGCAAAGGAUGACAGUUUGUUUGAUGAAAAUUUGAGAGAAAGGCUACGUCUGAUCGAACAUGAAUGGCAAAAUGAGGUGGGGAAAAAGAUUAGUUCGCCACAACUGAUUUCCUCUUCUGAGGUAGCUUAUCACAUGGUGGAAAGGACUAAGAAGAGAGUUGCUUUUGUAGACCAGAGAAUGCAGCAGCAGUCUGAUGCUGUGAAAGCAGCACAGACAAAGCUAAUAGCAGAACAAAAGUUAGAUGAGAUUAGAUUGAAGACAAUAAUAAAGGAGGAGAAAGCUAAGAUGGUUACAGAGAGGCCUGAGUUUAAAGAUACAUCUCAACUAGUAGAAGAACGGGAUAUCUGGGUCAUGCUUUUUGACCGUCCACCAUACACAGCUAUUGUCAAACCACCAGUCGCAUCAGUGGAACAUGUUGAUUUGGAGGAUGGGGAGUUUUUCAUUUCAAAAGCGAAGGUUACAACAUAUGAGGAUGAGAGGGUCUUAACAUUGGAAGAGCCAUCCAUAGCAGAAGAAAAGAUCCCACAACCACAGACCAAUACGGAAAGAGAUGACUGGUUUGUGUUGCUAAAUGUGGUUCCAAGAUCUGUCCAACCAGUUACCUUCACGAAACAAGUCCCAAUGGAGGCAGAAAGUUUGGUCUCUGUGGUUGAAAAGUUCAAGGAGAUUAGGGAAGUGAUGCUUGAAGAAAGAGAGAUAAGGGAAGAAGCACCAAGACAUCUUCAAGAAAUGCAACAGCAGCUGGUAAAAGAGCGAGACGAUGACUGGUUUGUGUUGUUGGAUGUUGUUCCCAAAGAAACAACUUAUGUACAACCAGUGGCUUUUGAGGUCCCUGCUAAAGACGACGUCUCUCUGGCUGAAGUAGAAGCAGUGGGAAUGAGAGACAAACCUGCAGAAGUUGGAGUAGUGGAAGAAACGGAACUAAAAGAUGAUCUGAACCUAAGAGAAGUCACAAUGCUGUCCCGGGGUGUAAGAGAAAGUGAGCAUGACUGGUUUUUACUACUGGAUGUUCCCACAAGAGAAACAUUGUUUGUGUCACCAGUGACCAUGGCUGUGCAUGAUGACCCCCAAAAAAGCAUGUCUACUCUGAUUGAAGAACAAGUAGAUGUUGAAGUAGAAAAAAUAAUGCUGCAGCGAGUUGAGGCUCCUAUGAAAAUAUAUCCAGAGCAGAAAACAGUCCAACAAGUCAUGACUAAAGUUGAUGAUUGGUUUCUACUUCUCGAUAUUGUUACCAGGGAAAUAUCCUUUGUCCCAACAGUAAUGCCAAUGCCAGCUAAGAGCUAUCCAGUUGUUGGACCGGUGAUUAAAAUACAACACAUUGAGGAGGAACUUCCACAGAUUUACCAGACAAAACAGCAGUCAUCCCAAUCACAACCAGAGAUAGAUGAUGACUGGUUUGUUGUGUUUGGUGCUAUUCGGGAGGUGGCAGCCAGAAUACCUCCAGUCACUCCUGUUGAAAUCACUCUGGCACUGAGGAAGACAUUUAAGACUGAGGUGUUAACCACUGAAAGUAGAACUUGGGAGAAGACGAUAAUUGGUGGUGAGAGCAGGCGUGAUGAGACGUGUCUAUCUGAAAUGACACUGAGCGCAGUUGUUCCAGCAUCAGGAAUGGAAGGUGAUGAUUGGUUUCUUCUGUUUGAUAUCAUCCCAGAAAAGACCACUGCUGUACCAUCAGUUUCUAUGGUCGAGCGUAUUGUGGAUGUGGUGGAAGUCAAAGGACCAACGUCAAAAUUCAACAAAGAAGAUGUAAGGCGAUCAGUAAAGUUUUUCGAGAUUAAACCACCACAGUCAAGAGAGGUUGAUGAUGACUGGUUUCUACUCCUAAAUACUGCAGUCAAAUCACCUGUUCCCGAACCUGUCCAAAUGUUUCCUGACGUAACACCAUCAAAAGGGUUUUCAGUUUUAGAGAAGAGGUCACUGCAGAGAAUUACUUUUGUGGAGGAGAUGUGGAUGCAGGCGAUACCGUCACAGCAGCAGCCAUGUCUAACAGAGAGAAAGGUGGAUGAUGAUUGGUUUAAUCUGCUGGAUGUGGCUCCGAAAAAAUCAGAAAUUCAAAGAACCACCGAGGUCAAAACAAGGAUUUCUAUUUUUGUGACAAGACCUCAGUUUGAGAAACAGAUCCUGGAAGAAAGACCUCGCCUUAAUUAUACUCGUGAUGAUGAUUGGUUUAUUCUACUCGACGAUGACCGCAGAAAGUCAGUGGUGAUCACACAGAGGAGCACCCGUCCUGUCAGCGCUCCAGUCUUCUCCCAAGCUGCUCUGGCAGAGGCCGGAAUCCCCAUGGCACCAUUGGAACAGCCUCAGACCUCCACUCCCAUCAGGACAGCCAUCAAAGAGGAACGAACACUUGAGGUCACCUUAGAAGCCAUUGAGCCAUCAAAAAAUGAGGACAAGUCAGCGGUGUGGAGGGACCAGAGAUCUGUAGACUCCUCAAUGACCCCCUCCAUCAAUGGGGACAUUCAGUCUGAUGUGACGAGCACGGAACUGGUGCGAUUGCGAAAGAAAAGAGCUAAGAAAAUUGAGGGAGAUUCAAUUUAUAUCAGACAUAGCCUUUUAAUGUUGGAGGAGUUUGAUAAGCCUCAGGAGGACCUGCUCAGGCAUCACGCCAGUGUCAGCGAGCUGAAAAGGAACUUCAUGGAAGCUUUGCCACAAUCCAGGCCCAGUGAAUGGGACAAGCGUCUGUCAACACACUCUCCAUUACGCUCGCUGGGUGUGAAUGGUCAGCCCAGUGCAGAUGGGAGUGUGAAUAUUAGUCCAAUGUGCAGUGGUUCAGAAGCAAAGGCUGCACAUGAGGAAACCUUCGUCACUUUGGGCUUUUCCAACAAGUCCAGUCCUACUGUGGGCCACUGUCGAUGUGCUGACGCCCCAAGUGUUCCAGUAGAGAAGUCAUGUGAUCAGGAAGAGCUUUUAGUUUUGAGGCCCUCCUUUUCUCCCAUAGUAAUUGUGGCACAGCCGCCUCCCUCCCUCAACCUCUCAACUAAAGGUUUUAAUGACAACCGGGUGAAAGUAGUUCCCGGACUUCCGGAGUGCUCUGGGAACAGAGUUGGAACUUCUGCUCCCUAUUUCAGAAACGGUGCGCCACGGGCCGUACAUAGCUUCCAGCCCCCUCUGGUGCAGACCCAGACAGUCACCAUCACAGCUGCCUCCAACUCCUUACCCAGUGGCAUCUCCACCACAGAGGUCCCUAUCGUCCCAACCCAGACAGUCACCUAUGAGUCUUCAAAGGAUGCAGUUGAUGGUGCAGACGAGGACAAAGAAAGCACAACAAUGUCCAUCUCUCAGACCUCAGAAACUACCAGUGGCACCACCAUCACCACAACUACUACGCAUAUCUCAAAGAUAGUGAAAAGCGGCUCCUCAGAGACUCGGGUGGAGAAAAGGAUUGUCAUUAGUGCAGACAGCGAUAAUGACCAGGAUAAGGGCAAAGAUGGCGGAGCAUCAGCAUUGUAACUGAAUCACCACAAGCAGCUUCUCCUUUGACUCCACUCCCUCAAUGCAGAACUCACCACACACACCAAAUGACCCACUCCUUACUACACACAAACACACACGUAGACACACACACACCUUCCAAGUAGCAAAGUGUGACAAGAUGGUGUUUUUCUUUCUGUUCACAGUAGGUAGAGGAGGACUGCACCAUGCUCAUCUAACUUCACCUUUUAGAAUCCGCCUUGUUUCAUUCAAAGCAUCAUUUCCCACUUCAGUCAUAGCAGUUAUGUUGGUUUUUAAAUGUUUUUACGUCCUUAGCGGGUAUUACUUUUUUAAAUUUACAGAUUCAUUGUCUUGGUACUAGUUUUGAUUGUUAGCAUGUAUCCUUUAAUACUACUGGGGACAACUACAUUCAUGUUUUUGUUUAUUCAUGCAUUUCAUAUAGGAGAGACAUUUGUUCAGUUAAAUUAUAUACCUCACAUUGAUACACAAUCUGUGCUCUAAUUUGGACAGUUGUUUGGGGUUUGCUCACUGCUCAGGUAAAAUAACAGAAAUUUCCCCUCUGUCACUUCUGGCCGACGACUUGUAGCCUACAUUUUCAUGUAAAGUUUGAAUUAAAACUGAAUCUAUUUUGAAAUAUUCUCUAUUUUAUAGGUUUAAUGCUUUUAUAGUGUUUGUACAAAAUGAAGUUUUUAAGUUAUUCAUAUCCCUCAACUGAUAAAAAAUUGUGCACGCCAACUGAUUUGACUGAAUAUGGGGUCUCAAUUCAAGUCUUGGUUUCCCUCACAGAAAUAAUGAAUUGGACAUGAUAGAGUGCUUCCCUCAGCCAUGAUGUUUACUCGGACGUCAGAACUGCUUUGGCUAUUUUUGUUUGAUAAUGCUUUGGUCUGUUUAUCUCAGGUUUUAAUAUACUUUGCAAGACCACAGACCUCAAUGGGAAUGUUCAUAUAUUUAUAUCUGUCCCUGCUUCAAUGUACAAUCUUGUUCAGUGUGUGAAGUCAAUAAUUUGGAAGAGCUUGUUCUCUGGAGAAUUUUGAAAGAAUGAAUACAAAACUAAAUGUUUAAUUAGGAGAAAGUCAUUUCAGAAGCUUCAUUUUUUAAAUGAAUGCUUUUUAUGACUAUUAUAUCCCUCAAUUUUACCAUUUUGCAUUAAUAGCAUACUGAUUGCCUUUUUGUACAAUUUUUAACAAAAUUCUUGUGGGAACAUUUUUGCCCUUCUCACAUUAUGAAGGCAGUUGUCCCUUUUUCUGUCAGGAGCACACUUUUUUUUUUUUUACAUGUUCUACUAUACAGUAAUUUAUUUGUAAAGUAGCAACUGUCUCAUGUGAUUUGAUGUACUGCAAUGUCUCGACUGAAAAGCUGAAUUUCAAGCUUCCAUUUAGAGAGGUCACAAUAUUUAUAUGAACAAAAGUUUGUAAAGCCUUUGACCACAUAGUCCAAGUAUAUUGCUCUCACUUGCUGUCUAAUGUACUUUUUCUGUCCACGCACUAAUCCCUUUUUUAGAUGGCGUGUUUCUUAGCAAACGUCUUUAAUGCAAAACAACAGCAACCUCUCUUGGGUGAGCUUUUAGAAUUUCACUUGGGGAAAAACAUGUUUUAGAUGGUGAAAAAUGUUGUCUCUUUGUGACUCAUCUGUGUCUUUUAUUAAAAUAUAUAUAAAAAAUGC